AUGUCAUCUGUCAAUGACACCAAAUUGAACUUUGCAGUAUUCCUUCUCACUGGGAUACCUGGACUGGAAGACAUCCAUCUCUGGAUCGCUAUCUCCUUCUGCUUAAUAUAUGUUAUUUCAAUAGUAGGAAAUUCAGUCAUUCUGUUCAUUAUGAAAACAGAUCCAUGCCUCCAUAAGCUUAUGUAUAUUUUCCUUUCCUUGUUGGCCAUCACAGACCUUGGCUUAUCAAUAGCCACCAUGCCAACGAUACUGGGCAUAUACUUGUUUAGCUCUAGGGAGAUCAGCCUCAAUGCCUGUUUUGCCCAGGUCUUCUUUAUCCACUUACUUUCAUUAACUGAAUCCUCCAUGCUCUUGUUGAUGGCCUUUGACCGUUUUGUUGCGAUCUUUAACCCACUGAGAUAUGCUUCCAUAUUAACUCCGCCAAGAACAGCAAAAAUGGGACUGUUGUUUGUGCUAAAAUGGAUGGCUAAUAUUCCCAUUCCUUUUCUCCUGAAACAAGUCCGAUACUGUGGAGCCAAUGUCCUCUCCAAUUCCUACUGCCUGCACCAGGAGGUCAUGAAGAUGAUUUGUUCAGACAUCACAGUCAACAGCAUCUGUGGCUUGUCAUUUGAACUCUCUACAGUUGGAUUGGAUUUGUUGCUCAUCUUCCUCUCUUAUGUGAUGAUCAUCAAAACAGUGCUGAGCGUCGCGUCCCCCAUGGAGUGCCUCAGGGCCAUGAACACCUGCGUCUCCCACCUCUGUGCCGUCCUGCUCUUCUUCACACCAGAAAUCGACUUGUUUGUGAUACAUAGAUUCGGGUAUGACUCUUUUCACUUUCUUCAGAUUCUCUUGGGCUAUGUCUACCUGCUGGUCCCACCCCUGAUGAACCCAAUCGUGUACAGCAUGAAAAGCAAACACCUUCGUGUAAGAAUAAUCAGGGUGUUCAUCAAGUGA